CGUGAUUUUCAGUCUCUGAAAGGAAAGAGAAACCUUGCAGUUACACGGAAGGUGCGCGCUUAGGAAACGAGAAACAUUUCCUUCAUCAUGGCAGGUGAGGAAAAGCGGUAUAGUGGAUAUGAAAAGGACAUCAAAUUCGUAAGAAGAACCAGCGACAUUGACCCGUGUGAUGAUGAAGCUGGUGUUUUAAGAGCUGUAUUAUCCUGUGGUCACGUCACUGGUCCACAAACACUGACCGACUACUGCAGAGUUCAGCUGACUGAUGGUAAACCGGAGCUGAGAUGUCCUGAGUGUAAACAGCAGUGGUCUUACACUGAAGUGCGUACAUUAGCCAAACUCACAGCUGAAGAACAGCUUUACUUUGAGGAGAAACUGGCCAACAACUCCACUAGAACCACCAUCGACAUCAAGAACUGUCCGGGCUGCGAUUAUGUGCUUGAGAGAUCAGAUCCAGCUAAUCUCAGUGUUCAGUGCACCGUCUGCUCUGCGAGAAACAACAAGACCUUCGAGUUCUGCUGGCAGUGUCUGAGAGAGUGGAAAGGCAAGCGUCCUCGAUCUGACCGAUGUGACAAUGAAGGAUGCACAAACAAUGAUCUGGAAAUGCUCCGAGAAUGUGAAAAUAUUACUUUACCAUCUGUCAAAAACAUUGAAUGUCCUGCUGUUCGUGCUUGUCCAACAUGUGGUUUACUGCUUAACCAUAAUACACAGAAAUGUAAAAACAUUAAAUGCUCUCGAUGUGAUAAAGAGUUUUGUUUUAUCUGUCUGAAACUCACAGAAGACUGUCUGAAGACCAGUGAUUACUUUAUUGGCUGUUCAGAUGGUGUGGCUCCACGACAGACUUCAAUUCCAUUCUGGAGAAAUAAUAAGUUACAAACACAAUGAGAGAUAUGUAGUACAAUGUUGGAUUUAGACUUUAAAAAGUUGCUAUUAAAGCAAAAAACAGUCAAGAACAUUAACUUAUUUCUCUUAUUUUUAACCUGCUAGUUGUUUAAUUCCAGGAAACUUGAUGAAGAACAUUUAAUAAAUAUUGAUGUUUACAAGAAUAAGAAAUCAGGCUGCUUGUUAAUCUGAGUGUUGUGUACAGUUUACUGUUCAGAAGAUGACGCUGUACUUCUCAUGAUGAGAAAAGAAAGGGUUGCAAAAUGUUUGAACGUUUGUUGUUGUUCCGUUGGCUUAGAUAUUGUGGGCUUGUUUUGAUUUUGAAUAAAUUUGUAGA